AAUUCCCUUCAUGGGUAAGGGUAAUCGUCCAUAGUUUGGGGCGACCCCGGCAUGAGGGUCAUCUUUCUGCUCCUGUGAGUAUAAGACGCAUAAAACGUAUUAUUUUUGCUUUUAUCUUUUACUUUUUAAUGGUCGAUUUUGUUAGUAAUCCUUUCGUUAGAUUCGUUAGCGAAUCGUUGUGUUUUAGGUAAAAAUUUCUUUUGCCCGUACGUACCUUAAUGCACUAUUCUUUUUUAGCUAGUUAUGUAAUACUGUUCUUUCAGACUGUGCAAGUGCCAAAAAAUAUUUAGAUAUUUUAGCUUACGUUGUUAGAAACACAGCGGCGUUUUUAAGACUGAACAGGUCAAGUUCAACGGCUUUUUGUCUGUCAGCAAUCACUAUCCAAAAGUAUCAUUUGGUGAUCAAACUCUGCUAGAUCGUUUGAUAUGUUUGGAGUUGACCAAGUGAUCUUUGAAAAUUGUUCAAUGGCUGCGAUCACUUUGAGGAAGGACUAGCUAUUAUUUCGACUCGAAAUGGGGGAGAGCUUGAAUAGAAAGUCUUGAACAAUCGUGGAUCCAAUAGCUUGUCUGUCUCCGCGUUAGAUUGGAAGGCGUUUCUAAAAGUUUGAUUACUCGACGCCCAAAUAAAAACGGAAAUUUCAGGUUUAAAAGUGGUCGCGUGACCGUUUUAAAAGAGUGUCGUUUUCGGUCAAGGUGUUAAAAGUGUAGCAAUAAAAAUAGUAAUAUAUCAGAAAUAAUACGAAAGAAAAAAAAAGCGAUAAAGAAAAAGCGAAAUGCGAUCAGUUUCGGAUAAGUUUUAGAAUAGUGAACGAGUCUUUACGAAAUUUGCGUACGAAUAAUUUUGGAUUUUAUUUCUUUCGGAUUCUCUUUUUCUCUCACAUGUAGCUUAAUGGAGGGUUACACGAUUGACGGAAAUUCAAGUCGGUAAUCCCUUUUUGCAUUUGGUUCUUAAAUAGAAUAUGAAUUAAACAAGUUUUAAACUAACCUUCUUGGCACAAAUUCUAUAUCGUUCAAUUUUAUAAAGUAUUUACUCUUGACUUUUGUUAGGCCUUAGAUCUUUACUGGUGUUUUUUGUAUAUGGCCAGUUGUUUUACUAACAAAUUCCUUUUAAUGGCCAUUGUAUGCUGUUUAACAGUUUCAAAAGUCAUUCAAAGAAGAAAUGGAAGUCUCUGUGGGUUUAUUCGUCACUUAGGAGAAGUUCUGAUGAUUUAACAAGUCUUUAGUGACCUCUUUAUCUGUUUAUACUUUUGAAGGAGUUCAGUUAAAACACAUGCUACUUUUCUAUUGGCCCUAGCGCCAUAUUUCAUAUACAGUUGUUUUACUUUGUAUGAAUAUAACAUGCUUGUUAUCAUAAAAGAAUACAUAGCAGUUUGAGAAGCAAAUAUAGAAUAUUACUAUAAUACUUCUGACUAAGGGCAAAAUUUAUUUUCUCCUGGGCAUUUUCGAAAUUAUACGUGUUCGAGUCAAGAGGAGAUUUUAGUGGACAAGGUCGGAAUAAUUGAGAACGCCACGUGACAACGAAAUUCAAAAAGGGGACGGUUGAUUUGCAAUGAAGUAUAAACUUAACGCUGGUACCCUAACUUACAUAUCAACAAGACAGCCGGUGGUUAAUCGUUGUAAGAUUUCUCAAUAUCUGGCUGGUGAGACAAUCCAUAGAGAUGCUGUAGACAAUAGAUUACUUGUAACCGACGCAUAAUUAUUUACCAUACAUCUAUAAUCGUAUAGGGCCACUGAUUGAUUUCCAUCAACAAGAUAUUAGUAAUUUUGUUGACUGAAAUCUUGCUUUCGUUCAAUUACGUCGUCUUAUGUCUUGAAGUGUUAAAUUCGUUUUAUAAAUGGUUCCAGUAUUCUCUGAUUUCUAGAUCGUUUGAAAUGUUAUAAGAAAGAACAAGAAAUGUGCAACUGCAGAGUUCAACAAAUUGACUGUUUAGCCCUGACUAACGCGACUUUAUUUUGACGGCAACGCAGGGACCUUGAUCAAAUAGUUGAACAAAAUUCGAAAUAUGCGGGGUUGGUAUGGAGAGAGUGAUCCCUCGUGGAAAAAUGUCUGCUCCCAAAUUAUCCAUUCUGAAGUACUCCUAGGAAUUCUUGGUGGGGGUGUGCCGCCCGGUUCUCCAAAUCCUUACCCUCUUUCAGACCAAAAAAUGUCAUUUUUCACACCCGUUUUCAGACCUGCCUCUGAGAAAUUAUGUCUUCAUUGUUUAGAUUAGAACGCCAACAAACAAGAUUUCUUAAAAUCCUUUUCGAAUUCGCAUAUUUCUCUUUCUUUGUUAUUUAUUUGAAAUUGAAACGACAGAUACGUUCAUACAUUCCCGCAGUUUCCUCGAAAACCAUAUCCGAUUCCAGACCAAAAUGGGCAAAGUCUAUACCUUUUUCAGAUCAGAAAGACUACUCUUUGGGGCAGCAAAUCUCUAUACGGCUCAUAUAAGAAAGUAGAGCCCCCGGGGUUGUGUUCCAAGUGAUAAUGUUAUCUUUCAAUGUUUCAGGUAUGGAGUUGUUAUUGUCACGAGUGAUAUUCGCUCAUCGCAUCAUUCCGAUGAGGAAAAAACUGACUUAGCAAGUCAACAGACAGUUCGUGUUAAAAGAACUUUACCAAAAGACACUGCUGAACAACAUGGACCAACGACCAAGAAUGCAGUGCAACAAAACAAAGGUGAGCCGGUGAUUGACAUAAAAAUGUAUCAUCUAACAGUGAAGAUCCAAGCAGAGUUACAAGUUAACUGAAACUUCCAAAAGAAUCAUUCUCUAUUCCCUGUGCUAGUCCGGAGCAAUUUUUGUCCCCAGUGCCCGUCGUUUCUUUUGGCCCCAAUGCUGUGCUUUGCGUAGCAACCUGGAGAUUAGGAUUGCGGGCUCCUCAAAUCGCCUGCAACAACAAUGAAGGAAUUAUACACUGUAACGGUCGAGUAACAAUAUAACUAAAGUGUAAUUCUACCAAUGAUGAAAAUAUAUGAUCGUUUAUCAUUCACCAAAGUGUUUCUGUUGAUUUGAACUUGUUUUCAGAUUCAGUAACAAAGGACCUUUCCACAGUGACAAACACCACCAAUGCUGAUGCAGGUAAUCUUUGAACCUCCGCUGAGAUUUUAUUAAAGUUGGAGGAGGUUUUUGAACAACUAGAGUCGAGGAACAUAGAACCUAAAUAAGUUUUUAUAACAGUGCAAGUAGGUUCCUCUCUUACGGGAACAUGGGGAACGGGAUUGGGGGGGGGGGGGGGGGGGGGAAACUGCUGGCCCCAGGGAAGGGGUGGGGUUCUUACUUCCUUACCUAGGAAUUUGUUUGGGGAGAGAGAGAAAAGGGGAAGAAAACACAAAAAAAUUUUUGGCGUAAACAUGGCUUGAAAUAAAAACAUAGAAAACAUGCGGAUACCCUUCUGUAUGGUUUUGUUAAAGUGUGGAGGUGUUAUUGUAAAACAAGGCGGUGAAAAAAACAAAGGAAAGGUAGGUUUGAUAAAGACGGGAUGGGGGUGCCGGUGGUUGGGGGGUGGGGGGGGGGGGUGGGGGGGGGGGGGGGGGGGGUAGGUAAUCGUCUGCACCCAGGCUAGGUGUUGGGUCUCUACUUCUCUACUACGAAAUUGUUUAAGGGAAGUAGCAAGAAAGGGAAGAAAGACGUAAAUAUAUUUGCGCCUAACAUGGUCUUUAGACUACAAAUAGCGAAGCAAAGAGACAUUUUCAAUAAUUGUGAAUUAUGCAAAGGAAGUAGAACAUUGGAUACGUUCCGUAACUUUUUUUGCCCGGUCAGAUGAUUUUAUUGUUCAACCAGCUCGCCUGUUUUUUUUAUUUUAUAAUUUCUUGGCAGUGCUGCCAGCGGGGGACCUCCCUGUUGUCCCUUCGCUGGAUACCGGUAACGCCGCCUUUGGGAACGAGCCUGUGUCUGCAGCAUAAUAACUAUUUUUUAUACUGCUCAUGAGCAGAACGUGUUCUGUAGGUCUUCCGCGGGUGACGCAAUCAUUCUCUAGACUAAUCCAUGGAUAAUAGAUAGACUGGUCUUUCUAUUAUCUAUGACUAAUCUAAGCCUGGGAGAGAGUAAUUAGAAUGAUAAUUCUGCUUGAUUUCAAUAGAUGAAACUGAAAGCAAAAACUGGUUAAUUUGUGUUUUUUUUUCUUCAGCUUCCAGCAAGCGAUUUAAAAUCAGCACCCGCUAUGGAAAUAUUCGUAUUACCGGUAAGACCAACAGCAGAGGGAUUCGAUGCCGAUGCUUAUUUUUGUCCUUUUAGGGUAACACUGUUUGCGAACUCAACACUGAAAUAAACCUUAUGUGUUACUGAAAAAUUUGCUUUUUAACUUUCUUUAUUUUUUCCAUCUUGUAGGAGUUGGGCGGAGACCUCGUUUAGGCCAUAUCUGCUUCGGCAAAAGUAAGUUAAUUUCAACGUGUUUUAUAACACCCUAGUUGAAUCCAAGUUAGAGAUCGUACGAGCGCUUAAAUUCUAAGAUGUUUUCUUUCAUUUCUGCCGGAUAUUUGUGCUCCCAGAAGUAUGCACUGUCGACAUCUUUGUAGCAAGAGGAGGUUGUACACUGUUAUUGGACACUUACCUUAUAUUCUCUUUGUUGUAUCUUCCUACAGAUUGGCGAAAGCACGUCAACUUGGUUAACGUGUGCAUAACCAUCCGAGGUGAGUAUGAUAGGAACUUGAAUUAGUUAGCAUUUUCUGUCAGCAACAAACAACUCCUCCCCCAAUCCCUCAACAAAAGAAAUAAAAGUAACUAGUAAGGAAUAAGAAGUGAAAAUAGUAAAAUAAUACAGAUCAGACCUUUCGUAGCAGCUUCCCCACCCCUCCCUACCCCUAGUCUCCUUUCAGUCCUUAGAGAUUUUGCAUUCACCAUUUUCACCGAGACCAUAAUGCACCUUGUUUACCCCCCAAAAUUUUACAUAACCAUUGUUUCCAAUUUUUCCUGGGUAUUACAGUCGUUUCAAGAGAAAUCGAAGACAAUGGUUAUGUAAAUGUUUGGGGGAUAAACAUGGCGAAUUAUGGUCUUGGUGAAAAUGGUCAGUGCGCGGUUUCAGAUUUAAGUCAAGUCUUAAUAGUGACUCGCGGCUUCGCUACUCGUAGCUUCAGCCUUCGGCAGAAGAUCGACUGACACUGAAGCAUCCUGCCGUACGCGAGAAAGAAAAAAAAACCCUCAGGUACCCGGGGUUCAGACUACCCCUAGUCUCCUUUCUGUCAUGAGAUAAACCCUCAUCAAUCCUUUUUUGAAUUUACAGCCCGUAGGAGAAGAAGACUGCGAAGGUUGCGAGGUAAAUAAGAUAUGCAAGAACUUUUAAUUAAUGACUAGUAAAUGUUUCAUGUCACUUGCCUUGCGUAUCACAUUGGCCAAGACAAAACAGUCCAACGUUUUUUUAAAGCUAUUGUUUAUACUUCUGGUAGUAUGCUAAAUUGAUUGCUCUUUUGAUAUAUCUUUAACGAUCUGUUUAGCAAAAAUUAGCACUGCACCAAGAAAAAUGUGCAUAUUAGAUCUUCAUACAGCUUACGCAGGUCGCUUUUGUGAUUUAUUUGGACUGGCUAAAUUUAAAAAAUGUAGACUUUUAGCCAUCCCUUUAUUAGUCGAGGUGGCAAGCUGAACGGGCUGACUCGGGAGACUGAAGAGAGCGGACAAGCUCAGUAGAAAAGAAGCUUCGAAUGCUUUCUCUUUGGCUGGAGGCUGGACUAUACUUAAUCGCUUUCUCCCUAAAUUUCCAGUUCUUAUUUUAGCGGAUCUGUUACGCCAGUUCCAGUAAGUUCCAAUAAUAACGGACAACCGUCUCUCUGUUGACUGACGCGAGUCUUUCAAAAUGAAACGCGGAUAUUGUCUGUGAAUUAACUGUUUAUUAUUAUUAUUACCUUAACAGGCUUGCGCCGUCGAAGAGUCUAUUUCAAAGGCCGUUACCGCAAGGUACGACGUUGGAAGCGACGAUGGCGCGUGUUUUACCGUAAACGCUGGUGUCGUGUUCGUCGAACCGGGCGCUAUCAGAUCUACGUAAUAAACCACUGGAGCUAUUUGCGGCGAAUUCGCGGUCGGUGGUACGUCUAUCAUGUAAGGAGAUGGCGUCGAGUUACAAAUCUGAGAGGACAUUGGUACUUGAGAUUUAAACGCAAGUUGUAUCGCCUGAGAAGAUCAUACAAGACUUGGCGAAUACGUUUCUACCGCAAAUGGCGUAGACUCAAGCGGCACGGGAAACGGUAUUUCAUUUUAGUGGGAAAACGUUGGGUUAAAAUCAGGUCCCGUUUUACUUGGCGCAUAACAUACAGAGGUCGAUCAGUCACCGUUAAGAGGCGAAGAAAUCGGUUUAAGCUCAGGUGGCGAGGCCGAUGGCUAACAUGGCGCCGAGGAUAUAAACGUAAGUGACUUAUUUCGCGCUUAUUUUUUCGCCCCAUGUAAUGGAAUGCGGAUUACGGAAUCUAGAAAACUUUUGCUUGUGGAAUCCGGAAUACAGCUUAGAAAUCUGAAAUCCGACUAACGAUUGGAAUCCGGGAUCCAAGUUUCUCUGACAAAUUAUCCGGAAUCCAACAACUAGAACUUCCAGAAUCCACUGCGUGGAGUCCAGAAUUUAAGACUGUCUUGGAUUCCCUUAAAUUGUGGCGAAACUUCACAUUUUCAAUAUCACUUACUGUUUAAACAAGAUUUUAAAAUAUCAUAUCGUCUAAUGUGCCAGAACAGAAGGUUUCAGAAACAAUGAAAUGAAAUAGGUAAAGACGUGAAGGUAAUGCGGAAUUAUGAGAAACCAGAAGUGGUUGCUAUAUGGAGUUUAUUUCGGAUGAUCCUUUGAAAAAGUAGACCUAACACGUUGCCAAUAUUUUUUGUAGGUAGACCAAGGCGUCGUCGUCGUCGUGGCCGACGUAUGCGCAAAAGAAAGGGCAGAAGACGUAUGUAUUAUUCAUACUAUAAAUAUUUAUCUUUGCUGCUGAAAUCUCUUUAUUCGAAGCAGGCCUACAAGCCUUAAGCCCCUCCCUGCCCUUGGUACCCCCGCGCUCAGCCCCUGAUGCAACUUUUCCCACGCUUAGCACCGGAUGCAAAUUUUCCCGCUCUCGGCGAAGGAUGCAGCUUUUUUCAGUCUUAGUGACAGAUGUAGUCAUUACUGCGCUUGGCGACGGAUGUAAAUUUUCCCGCGCUAGGCACUGUAUGCAACUUUUCCCGCGCUGGGCACUGAAUGCAACUCUUCUUGCAUUAGGCACUUAAUGCAAACUUUCCAGCGCUUGGCGACAAGUUUUCCUUGUCUUUGAACCGGUGUGCGUAUGGUUUUAGUUGUUCUUGUUAUUUUUUUCUUUUUUUUUGUAAUAAGGUUGGCGAAAACGAAGACACCGACGCCGACGAUACCGAAAGAAAAGAAGGCGAAUUAGGCGAAGGCGACGAAGAAAGAGACGGCGAAAGAGGAGAAGACAGAGACGUAAGAAUAUAUUAUAAAAUCACCGAUUUCUUUACAUUUCCCGUUUAUACUGAGAAACGUUGUCCCUUGUAGAAAGGCCACUUGCCUACCUGAGCUACCCUAGGCAACUGAGCCAACUUUUCAUACAUUCCCUUACAAAACAUGGCGAACUGUUUACGUGAGAAACAAAACGUUGGCUCGGCUAGCGGGUCACCCUUUCUUGAUGGUAGGUUCUCACUCCUAGCCGGGCUAUUUUUCUCCAUAAAAAACUUUGGCUCGCCCAGACGAGUCAACUCGGUAUAGGAGAGACAAUGAGAGCUUUAGACUCUAAGACGAGGACGACUACGACAACGGAGAUUUUCUCAAUACUAACUAGUGCUCGCUAAAACCGACGUCAUUUUGGCGGGAAAACGUGACGGCCGUUAUCAUUCUACUUCGAGUUUUUAGCGAAAAUGUCGUAGUGGCGAAAACAAGUUAUCAACUGUUAGAACUUUUAUCAUUUAGCGAUCUGGAGUGGGCUUAACCUCCGUAUUAAUUUUUCGGGUGAAAAAGAGCACAAUGAAGCUUUCCUGAGUGUCUUAUUUUUAGAGAAUACGCGAAAAAACUUAAAGCUAAAUGUCGUAGUCGUCCACGAAACUAAAGCUCUCUAAUUAACGCUUGCCCUUGAGCGCUGUUGGCUCGGGCAAAGGGGUCAAUCUUUCCCAGGACAACUUUUCUUCAUAUAAAAAGGGCCUUAGGAACUGAAUUAACUUGGUCAGAUUUUUAUAGGUGACAAUAAAGUGGCAACCAUGCAAAGUAUCCUUUUGUCAGUGAACUGCCUAAAGAAUUAAUCAGACGGUUAUAGCUGAAGAAAUCCUCUUUUAGUUUGUUGCUAUUAUGAUGUUACUCUCAUAAAAAGAUGACCCUGGCUGAAACACUGCUCUCAGUCUUUUACCAUCUGAGUAUUCAGUGUCCUUCAAGUCACAAAAACAAUGCUGAAACGUGAAAUUCGACUUGAGACGUUGAAGUGGACUUGUUUAAAAACGUUAAAAGUAGACGAUAGCUUUGUAAAAACAAAGUUUUCUGUUGAAAAAAAAAAAAUACAACACUGACUCUUCCCAGUCGUCUCUGGACAGGCUGAGCAUAAAAAUGCGUCGCAAUUCUGUUAAAGCCGUCUGUUAAGUGCGGCUGGACGACUUAAUUAACAGGGCCCGGUUCCUCGAAAGAUGGUUAAGUUUAACCCAGGAUUAAGCCAAAUUUCAAGCACGGUUUUCUAGUCUAAGAACAUACAACUCGAGGUUACAAAAUACUGUUGACCUGUUACUACGGGAUACGGUAAUGAUAACACAAAAUGUACCCUAAGCAAUGCAUGUGAAUGUAAAAUACGAAAACGGAACAAAAUUUCAUUCCUGGAUUAACGCUAAUCGACCUUUCAGGAACCGGGCCCAGAAUACGAUAAUGUCGAUAGACGUUAAUAAAUGCUCUGUCUUUUGUACCGUAUUUAUACUAGACUUAAGACGCUCAAUGCUCUAUGUAAUCACACUAUCCUCCAGCUCAAGUUAUUUUUUUUGUCCCUUGUCUGCCUUGACCCAAAAAUGGCAUGGCUUUAAACAUAGAGACGCUCAUGUGCUUUGGAAUUUUAUCGUAAUAUUUGCAUGACUUUCUAGGUCGACGACGACGCCGAAGACGACGACGUCGAAGAAGACGAAGAAGGAGAAGACAAAGGCGUAGGUUUUGUUUUAUUAAUAUUAAUUUACUGAAGUUUUUAUAUGAUGUUUGCGUACACUAUUCGUUAUUUUUUUAGUCAUUAAUAGCUAUGUUAGUAGUGGAUGCCAUCUUAAAAAGUCGGAUUCUAGUUUCCACUUCUCCCCUAUGGUUAGAUAAACCUGACAAUAGUAUAAUACGUUUUUCUCUUUGUUCAUGAACGGAGUCGAAAAAGAUCUCUAGUUUUCCUAACUCCUGUUUGCUUUUUUUUUAACUGGCUUGUAUCCGAAAAACACAAAUUUAAGAGCCCAUGACUGUAAAUAUCGAGAAUCGCUGGCCAGGCUAAAAAAAUCGAAAAUUCUGAUAAUUUGUCAGAAAAACCCCUUUGGGGAACUAUCUUCGAAAAAAAUAUUUUCAACUUUCAAGAAUCUAUAGUUUUCGAGAAAAUGAGGAAAAACGAAAAUAGCGGUUUUUACCUAAUUAAUUAUGCAAAAAUUAGAGUAAAAAUGACCUACUUUAUCGCGUCUAUACCGAGGCAAGAUUCAAAGCUAUAAACCAGAAGUAUUUUUGUUUAAAAGCAUUCUAUCUUUUCUUUCUAUCCAUGGUAUGUUUUAAACCAUAAACUUGAUUUUGAAUUUUUUAUGGUUUUUUAAAAAGUACCAUCAAUGGCACUUUUUAAAAUGGCUUAAAAAUGAGCAACUUCAGAGGCAAAAAACUCACCUUGGUAUGUGUGAUACCUAGCCAAAAUGUAUACUAGGACAAAGUUCAGCUCUUAUAUUAACGGAAUAUGAAAUAAAAAAUCUGGGUACUCCGGAUUCGCCCUUUCAAAAUAAAAAGUUUCGUGACCACCAGUGGAAAAAUGUCACAAAUUUGCAUAAGUCAAAUUUGUAGAGAAUGUUGCGGCAGCCGGUUUUGUUUCAAUUCAGGGUCAGUAUGGAAUGUUCGGAAACAUCACGAAGUAAGAAAACACUUUUUGAUAAAGUUUAUGUUAAAAUAUCAGAGUAAUAAACCGUUCACAAAAAAAUAAUAAUAAAAAGCCGACCUCGAAGAAGCGUUAUAUAAGAGCGCCGAAUUUCUUAAGUAAACUAUAUCCCAUGUCUCUCGUUUCGUUUCCUAACUUCCUUGUAUUAGCAUCCAUCUGUAUUAUCGUAAAUUCGCCUCCGGUAUGUCUAAAAUAGGUAAGGUACAUUUUCCUUGAAAUUUUAUUUGCGAACGGGAUACACUGCGUGAGAGGAAGUCAUAAACUAACAGUUAGAGCAACAAUGUCACGCAACGACGUCUCGAGCAACUCCGCCUUCUUUCACUGAUUUGCUUCUGCUUAUGAAAUUUUAUGAACCAAAACAAGUUCCAACCGACACCGCCGAAGAACUGGAAAAGGAGACUGCAGUCGAACCUCCCGAAAGCGACCACCCAAAAUGCGCAGACUUAGUGGUCGCUAACAGGAGGUGCUCUCUUACGAGAAUCGAACCACAGGAGGUUUCUUUGAGAAGAAAACUGGACACAUCUACUUUAAGGAAGAUAAUUUAUUGCGUGCAAUUUCCAAGUUACGAUAUGUGCAGUUCCAUGUUGUUGUUGUUCCUACCACAAGACAUCAGAAACUCGUCAGGUGGUCGCUUACACGAGGUUAAAAACAGCCCCAAUUAGUGGUCGCGGGCGCUUACAGGAGAGAUUCCAACUGUAAUUAAAUUGGGUGGGUUUUGGUGUUUUGGAUAGGUUGUCGCACAUAGAGGUUCAACUGUAGUCCAACAGAGUAAAUCACUUUUCACGACGAUGCGACUAGGAUUUGUCCAUGGAAGAUAAGACUCCUUGUUCACCACUUUUGAGCUACUCUAACCAACUCCCACCCAUGUCGAGUGUCUGCAAAACGUAGCAUCAUCGUGAAAUGAAAGGUAUCAGAAAGGUCAUCCUUGACGCCGCCGGCCUAUCGCAGUAUGCAGCAGCGAACUUAUAUCGGCGUAAGUACCAUUUACUAACCGGGCAGUGGGCGACGCAGAGUAAAAGCGUAACUUGACUACGUUUUUCAGUUUGCAGCAGACCCGAGUUUUGUUGAAAGAAAUACCUGCCUUUUGCUCAGGAGUAUUAACGUCAGUACCCGCAAUGUCCCAACUCGUGCCUUCACACCGGAACGUCCGAUCGAAUCACUGUCCAGUUGAUAGUAACACCCUUCUCUUCCUCUUCGCGACUUAUCUAGGAAGAUCGAAGGGCCUCUGAUCGCAGGGUAGUUGAUAGCGACCAAGGAGCUAAAUAACAUAGCGAGGUAAGUAAGUGGUAUCGGCGGUUUGAUUUACGCCUAACCGUUUCCCAAAGUAAAGAAGGAAAGAACUUCAGACAAAGGGAAAGAAGAGUUAUGCGAUAAAACUGCUCUUAAAUUGAUGUUUAGCUAUGGCAUAUGCGAGGGGGUGGGGGCUAUUUAAUUGCUGAAUAACAUGUGUCGUUACCAAAAAAAUUACGGAAAAAUAUUUUUUCCUUGGUCUAGAAUUUUGACCAUGAAAAUUUUAGAUCUAGCCAUUUGUGAUACCAGGCCAAAAAAAUCCAAUAUUUAAAUAUUUCCCUCUUAGCAGCACGCCCUCUAAUUACACUGUCCUUCAGUUUGGACGGUAUCCAAUAUUAUAUAUCCGCAGGAACGAAACAUGACAACAGCUGGUUACAGAUUGUCAUGAUCAGUGUGUGAAGCGGGGGAUCUGGGCACCCUAUGACAGUUCUUGUCAAGAAGACCCCAAAUCAGUAUAUUUGCUGUUUUAGGUUAAUUCUGUGCUAAAGUCAUUACUUACUGCCCUUACCCAGUCAAAAAAUGUUCAGUGAAGACUUAUAAGUAUCAUUUUAUCAGGUAUCACUAGCAAAAAUAUCUUUUUGGGUGAUGCAUUUAAACUUGAAAAAGAUGGCCCAAUAUUUCCAAUUUUCAGUCCAUGUCCAUCCUGGCCAUCAGUAGUAACAGAACGCGACAGGAAACAGUUUCAGUGCCUAAAUAUAGUCUUACAUAACAAAACUGGACCAUAAUUUUUGGAACUAAAUUGAUGCGAAAUGAAGACCAUAUUAGCUUUUUAAAAUGAACUAGCAAUUAGCUUGGCAUAGCCGCUUUAACUCUUUUUUGACGGCCAAUUUUAGUAGAAGAAAACCCUGCCUUUUGACCAAAUCCUCCCUUUUGGACCGCCUUUCAACCAGUUAGAGCCUGCAUAACAGGCGUUAUUUUUUUCGCGUUUUUGCAGGAGAACGAAGGCAAUCACAAAGUGAGUGAGAAGCGCCAGACAUACCCCUUAAUGGCUCUCCUCACUCGCUUCGCGCUUGCAUUCGCUCCGGCUUCGGGCUUAAUUGCCUUCGCUCGCCUGAAAAACGCACACCUGUUAUGCAGGCUAGCCAGUUAGGUUGAUAUGCGAAUGGCUGAAAAAGAUUUGCAACACUAGACUGCUCAAUUGGACUUACACUAAUUUAGAAGCUUUUUUGGCGCAUUCACAGAAGCCAAAAUUUGACAUCUCUUACGAACCUAUAUCGAUCUUUCUCUCCCGCUCUCUUUUUUCCCUUUGCCUUUCUUCUUCUGUUGUUCCGGCACUUGAUCGUCUUCUGACUGUCUUUGCUUUGCAAAGAAUUUUGGCUGGUAAACUUUUCAGGAAAGGGACAUUUAAUUAAUCAGUAGAGAAUAGAAGGUGAAUAGAAAAUCUAGAAGUAGAUUUUUUUACCCCAAAUGUUGCUUUUUGUGUGUGUGUAACUCUCUCAAGAUACAUGAAGAUAGGUGAAAAUUUGCUAAAUGAGGUACCAGUGGAAAAAUCUAUUCUUGUUGACUUUGAUCAGUUUAUAACCUUGGUGAAUAAAUGGAAAGCUAGAUGGGUUCAUGAAGGAUAUUCAUGGUGAAAAAACACCAAAACGACCCCAGUGUCGGCAGCACUCCCUCCAUCUGAUUUACUUUUUCUAUUGAGAGGACAAUUGCAAGGAUUCGUGAGGGUCUGUUCAAUCAGGAUUUCAACUAAUCAAUGGCACAAUUACGGGUCGGUCCACUUGACGAUCUUUGACCAUCUUUGGCUGUUCGAAAUCGUGUCUGGACCUGAAAGUGUUGAACGCACGAACAGUGAAGAGGCAGAAAGAGGAGGUGGAAGAAUUUCAGAAAAGACAGGAGAGAAAAGGGGGCAAUGAUUACUUUAAUCUUGUCUUUACUUACGUUAUUUUUAAUAUGCGAGACGUGGCAAUUUCACCAAAAUAUAACUUUGAAAAACUACUGAGAAAAUUAACUAUUUCGCAUUUUUAUUGAUUGAAAACUCAUAGGGUCUGAUGUAUAAUGUUAUUAAUGGCAAAUCCCCUAAAAUACCUUGACGAAUGAACUAUCGGUACCAUAAAAGCAUGUGCCCACUCCAAGAAAGAUGUGUGACCGCGAAAUUCAUUCAGGUGAAUAAAGUAAAGUUAAGUCAUCUGACAUGAAUAAUAUUUCUUUACACCGGUAAAAAAAGAGUCUGACGGUGAUGAGUUUGACAACAGUCACGCAAUUGCAGAAUACAGUACUCCAAUUGCUGAGCAACCUUAAUUUUGUAAUGUACAAUUAAGAAGAGCUAAGAUACGAAAUACAAAACAUUUAACAUUAGCUAUUCUCUUGGUUAUGCUAUUCCAAGUUCCAAAUAUUGCGUGAUGCUAACAGUAUUGAAACCCGUCCUAUAUGCAGAUGCAUUUAUGUGUUUAUAUGCAAAUUUAUCACAUUGUGUCACCAACAUUCACAGCAAUUUGUUAUCAGGGAUAUCAAUUUUUCAGAUCCUUUACUUAAUUUUAGCUUCAUUUAAAGGCGCUUUCAUCCUUUCUCCUACGUUUUGAAUAUACCACGUACCGAAACUACAAAGAAAAAUCAGGCGGCAUCAUUUCUCUACAAAUUUGACUUAUGCAAAUUUGUGACAUUUUUCCACUGGUGGUCACGAAACUUUUUAUUUUGUAAAGGCGAAUCCGGAGUACCCAGAUUUUUUAUUUCAUAUUCUGUUAAUAUAAGAGCUGAACAUUGUCCUAGUAUACAUUUUGGCUAGGUAUCACACAUACCAAGGUGAGUUUUUUGCCUCUGAAGUUGCUCAUUUUUUAGCCAUUUUAAAAAGUGCGCUUGGUGGUAGUUUUUGAAAAACCGUUAAAAAUUCAAAAUCAUGUUUAUGGUUUAAAACAUACCAUGGAUAGAAAGAAAAGAUAGAAUGCUUUUAAACAAAAAUACUUCUGGUUUAUAGCUUUGAAUCUUGCCUCGGUAUAGACGCGAUAAAGUAGGUCAUUUUUACUCUAAUUUUUGCAUAAUUAAUUAGGUAAAAACCGCUAUUUUCGUUUUUCCUCAUUUUCUCGAAAACUAUAGAUUCUUGAAAGUUGAAAAUAUUUUUUUCGAAGAUAGUUCCCCAAAGGGGUUUUUCUGACAAAUUAUCAGAAUUUUCGAUUUUUUUAGCCUGGCCAGCGAUUCUCGAUAUUUACAGUCAUGGGCUCUUAAAUGUUUCUAAUACGACGACGCAAUAUGGACAGUUCAGAGUUUUCCUCAUCUCAUAGUUGUCAGUUCAUUUAGUAGACGAAUUUGAUGUCUGGAAACUUAUUAACGAAACUAGUUAUAACCAAACGUUACGGAGUGCGGGCGACAGCGAUCGAAGGUCAAAACGCUUUUGCUCCAUCGCUGAGGUUUGCGUAAGUUUCACGUGACAAAUAGUCAAAAUACGGGUGAUCAGAUUAUGAGUGAUAGAAGGUCCAAACGCGCGUGAUCAAAUUGCAUUCUGUGUAUUCCAUUCAUUCUUAGUAGAAGUCCAAACGAAUGUUGGCUACAUACAUGCGAUGCAUGCGUAAUAUCAUCCUGGAGAUUAGGAUUGCAGGCCCCUCUUGUCGCCCGCAAUAAUAUAGUCUUCAGGGUUCGUCGGUAUAGAGGAGGGUUCGGUAAGGAGUGUUUGAACUGUAAGCUUAUUUCAGAAUCGCCUCUUUCAGGAUACAUAUUGAUAACUGUUCGCAGUGAAGGCUUUGAAGACCGGAGAUACGGCAGGAUGUUGGCAGGUCGCGCCCGGGCCUAUAUUAAGGUUAACGGGAGGGAAUAUUCUCGUAAGCGUCGAGGUUUCGACGUUGUGAUUGUCAAUCGCAGGACAGGUGAGAUUAUACUCUUGUUUGUUUGCCAAACUAUUGACGUGAAAGUGAUCUGUUAAGAAAGUUAUUAGGGAGCUUAAGCAACUAGACGACGACGACAACUUCAAGAAACAAUAGAUUUAAUGAUCAAAACAACAGCUCUACACGUGCAUCAUGCUUUUUAGUACAUUUCUUUGACGUCCACUGCAAGACUACGACGUGAAACCUCCUAAUUUGACGUUUUAUGGGGGACGUGGACAUACGACGACGAAUUUUCCUUCCUCCUUUUGAACUUGAAUAAAAUCCUUAAGUAUUCAACUCCAGGAAAAGUCGCCUACAUUUGACAUAUUAGAGACCUUUAGAUUCUAAGACGAGUACGACAACGAGUACGAUUUUUUCUUAAUACUAACUAAGUAGUGCUCGUGCGUGAACUAGCGUCAUUUUGGCGGGAAAACGUGGUAGCUGUCGUCAUUCUUCUUCGAGUUUUAGCGAGAAUGUAUUGGCGGCGGAAACAAGUCACAGUCAAAUGUUAAAAGUUUUAGCAUUUUGCGAUCGGAAGAUGGCUUUUAAAACCUCCUCAAUAAAGAUAAAAAUGCGAACUUUUCUUAGUGAAGAAAUGCGUACAAUGAAACUUUUCGGGGCGUCUAUUUUUUGAGAAUACGCGAAAAACCUUUUAACAAAUCUCGUAGUCGUUCUCCUUCUCGAAUCUAAAGGUCUAAAGGAUUCCAAAUUGGAGAGGGCGGGGGUCGACGGGGGCUAGCUCUGACCUUUGGGUCAUGGAGCAACUCAUGGUUGACUAGCUCACUUCUGCUGGCGAGUGUUUACUAGACAGCGUAAUCUUCGUUAUGUGGAGGGAAAAUCCAGUACAAGCGUAAAGCCAGUGAUCAGAAGUGUAGAUUCCUGUAAAAAUGAGAGACGCGAUACUCUUAUUGCGGAGGGGCGCGGAGCUGAUCAUCUUUUAAUCCUUUACGGCGCAACUCGGUUUACUAUAACAGAUGGAUCCUUUAGGCUCUCUAUCUUUUAAUUAAGUUCGCAAAAGCUACUCGAUAAUUCUGUCCCUAUUAAAGAAAUAUGCUUUUUAGGUAAAUUUUCUGCUUUUUAAAAAUGCUUCUCAUUUGCUUACGAAUAGGUCGGGUUGAACACUCGCGAUACUUCGAUACCCACGGUUCCUCUUCCCAUGCGCGUAGUUUCUACAAUUUUAUGAGAGGAAUCAGACCCGGGUAAGUACAGUGCGAUGCCUAUAAGGUCCUUAAAACGUGCAACUUGUUUAGCAAAACGAGUUGAAUAGCGAUGUUGCGCGUUUUACCACACACCAGUCAAACCUGCCUUGCAACAAAUGAGGUUGUUACAGGUUGCGAAAGUUGUUAUGGAAAGUAGAAAGUAGGUCUGCUGUUUAGAACAAAAUCUGUUCAUAUUGCACGUUUUACCGCCCCAAGGCAAACUUGUUUUGGUGUCAUCACUCCCUUGUAUGACGUCACUCCCGCGUAAUUUUUAUCCAGUCAGAAGUCAAUAUUCACGCAAAUUGUAUCAACCUGAUUUUUUGCAAGAGCUGCGAAACAAGUUGCACUAUUUUUGUGCCUGUUGCUUUAGUCCCUGAGAGUGACUAGGAACCAACUCAAAGUUAUAGCAUAUUAUGGUAACAUGUAUACUUGAAACAAUCAAAACUUGUUAACAAUUCAGAAAACUUUAACUGAUAGAUAAUCUUUGCUGAUUUGCCUCACAGGAAAAUUGUGCUUGUUGCUGUUCAGGACGAGGCUGUUUACAGGGCUAAACGUUACCUCUCUGUUCUCCGACGCUUUGGCAUCAAAAGUCGGUACUUAAGAUUUGGCUACAGGGGAAGUUUCGCUUGUGUGGGCUACGUUGGGCGCCGACCCUCUUGGUUCAGGCAGAUAAGCCAUAGACGUAGACGAGGUCCCAGUGUCAUCCGCAUCCGUAUCCCUCGAUAUGGAGGUAGUUAGACUCUCUAUAUCAUCUUACUUCGAUAAAAACUUACUUGAAUGAUCCAGUUUCUAGUUCGUCAUGACCACUGCAUAAUCGCACUGAAGACGUAAAAGUUCAGGGGCACCCAACGGCAAUUUUCGGAAAAUAUCUGUUCGGAAGACGAUUUGAGAUCUAUAAUUUUCGGAUCAUUUGUUGUAAAAUUCUUGCUUGCCUGCCUCUCCUAAGAUUUUCGAACAUCUACAAAAUGGUUUUUAACGAAUUUUUACCCUAAAAAAGGCCACCUAGAAUUUUCGGGAGCCUUUUCCCGGCUGAAAUUUUCGAAAAGGUAUGUUUUGAUCCCUAUAAUUUUCGGAUCACUAGACUUUCAGCUAGGAAAUCCGAACAGAUGAAAAGUUUUUAGGGGAUAAAAACAUGCCUAUGUCUACCGUUUAAAUACUAAAAUACGUUCAACAAUGCUAUGUUAAGUGGUUUUGAACUAUAUCCUCGUUGGGUGCCCCUGAAAGUUUAUUUGCGAGUUGUCUCAAGCCUACGUUUUAAAGGGAGGGUAAGUGUAUUGCCUUUGAUAUGGAAAAGAGUUCCUGUUCUCAUUCAAAAAAAAUGAAAUAAACAUUUUCAUAAGAGAGGUUUUGAAAGCGUGUUUUUUUGGAACUCCGGUAUUACCUAUUUUACAGGGAUCACCUCUUUCUAAAACGUAUUCACUAAUUACAGCGAGCUAAAAUGUUUAAAACCCAAAUUGUUUUAAACGUCGAAAUUCACAGGUGCCAAAUUUAAUGUAACUGAGCGGGAACAACAGAUUUUCCUCCAUGACUAGCAUUAAAUUUGAGACAUGUGAGGUUCGACGUUUCAUGGGCACCACCCGCUCAUAUUUGUACAAAAUAUUAAUUAGUUCGAAACUAACCUCGUUUUAAAUUGUCAUUUGAUUUUGUAUUCCAACAAAUAGCACUUAAUCAAGUGAAAUUGUUUAAGUGAGGUACAUUCUUACACCUCUGAUGUAGGUCGACGAAGACGCCGAAGAAGACGAAGAAGGAGAAGGCAAACGCGUAGGUUUUCUUGUUUCUAAUUUUAUUAGUUACAAUUUGUGCAUAAAGUUGAAGUAAAAUGUUCAUACAGAAAGUUUCUUGUAUUAAUGGUUAUUGUGGAAGUGGACGCUAUCGCCUUCAGUAAUUUGUGCAUGAGAAGGAUCAUUAGAUACAAUUUUAGUGUAUUUUUUACCAACGAACAGAAUUAUAUAUUUGUGGUUGUGCUUAUGUAAAGCGAAUUUUUUUUUAUACAUCUCGCUAUUUUUGAAAUACCACUAUGCAAGCAAUCUGGUCAGUCUUUCUUCACCGUUCCACUCCCAAUAAUGACAAAAAUACCGUUGUGAAAUGCUGAAGAACAAUUAGCAGUAUAAGGGGUAGGAGAAUUACUGUUAAAGACGUUUCCUUUAAAUCGCUACGUCGCAAACUUUUGUCCCCAGACUGACUAAUUUGUUCACUCUGUAAGUUAAAGGGAUUAAAGUAUCUGUUAUAUGCAGGGGUUUCGUUUCAAGCCGGACGCCAGACAUUAGGGCCGUUUAAACGAGGAAAAAUAAGAUGCGUCUUCCAUAGGGUGCGUCCUAUAUAAGACUCAAACUAUCCGGUAUAAACAGCACAUUUGGUUUGAAACUUACCUAAGACGCGUCUUAUCUAAGAACCGUCCCUAACACCUGUUCUUCCGAUUAUAAAGGUGCGUCUUUGCUAAGUCGCGUCUUAAUGUGCCGUUUAUACCGGAUAGUUUGCGUCUUAUUUAGGACGCGUCUAAUGGAAGACGCAUCUUAUUUUUCCUCGUAUAAAUGGCCCUACUGUAUUUUUGUUUGACAUGUAACAUCCGAUUGUUUAGACACAAAAUAAUUAUUUUUUGAGGUGUGAAAAUCUUAGAAAAAUAGAUAAUAGAUGAUAGCUUUAACAACUUGAAAGAAUAGGAAUGAGCGAGGGAAGAUAUUUUAUGCAACUGGCUUCUAGGAUGAGCUAGUCUAGAGGGGAGGUCCAUGAAAUAAAAAUAAACAUGCAUAGACUAAUGCGUUCAUAAAAUUAUAACUGCUGUGAAGAGCUAUUUUGAGAGGGGGGUUACGUAGAACGUUAAGACAAGCCUUCUCAUCGUUUAAUUUUCCUGUUUCAAGGUCUUAUCUUCCUUUGUGAGAAUACGUAGAAGACGGAUUUAUUAGUUAAUUCAAAGUUAACAGCGAACAUUUGCGAAGCAAACUUUUUCAUGGCCUUUCGCCUGCGUAACCACAGACUCGUGCACUGCUCCAAAAAGUUCCAUUUUACGAAUACGCGUAUCCACGAAAAACGCUAAAAUAUGGCAAUUUGCAUUGUAGUUUGCACAAUAGUUUUGGUCUUUUUAAAAGGAACUGGUGUUAGGUAGAUACAGGCAAACCUUCGUGAUAUGAACGCCAAAGGGAAAGAGCCAGUAUCACACCCAUUUUCUUUUAUUAUAGUUACACAAUGUAGCAAGGUCAAAUGAGGUGAACACGGAACGUAUGAAACAUUGGCUACCCUUCCUUAACAACACCCAUUUAAAUCCCAGAAACUCCUUUUUAAUAAAAGAGGACUGGGUUGAAAUUUACUCCAACCAAAAGACGAUUAACUACAUCUCACCUUCCAAUCUUAGAGCCAGUGUUAAAACUCGCCCUCCCAAGCUACCCAAUUUACUCCAAUUCUCUCCCCCUUCCAUCCUUGACAUUUUAUGCGCCCCCCCCCCCCCCCCCCCCCCCCCCUUUCCGAGCCCCCCUUUUUUUUUUUUUUUUUUUUUUAUAGUGGGGGGUGUGUGGAGGAUUGUUUUAACUCUUUUUUUUUUGGUGGUUAUUGUGGUGUGUUGUCGUGGAGGGGUUGUUGUACGGGGGGUAGGGCGAAGUUGGUGGGGGGUGGGGAUGGGGGUUAAUUUUCCCCCCCCCAAACACCACUAACACCACCUCCCCCUCCCACUUUCAACCCCGGGUUAAAACCCCCCCCCCCCAACUCCCCCAUUUCUCCCCACUCCCCCCCCCCUCCCUCCUUUCCAUUUUUUGCGCCCCCCCCCCCCCCCACCACGAGCUUUUGCGAUACACGUAUUUUUAGUUUUAGUUUAUUAUAAUGGUAGGGGUUGCAUGAAGUUUGAUAAUCCGUCUUUUUUCAGGAUCGAUAUUGGUAGCUAUUCGCAGUGAAGGCUUUGAAGACCGGAGAUACGGCAAGAUGUUGGCAGGUCGUGCACGGGCCUAUAUCAAAGUUAACGGACGAGACUAUUCUCGUAAACGUCGAGGUUUCGACAUUGUUGUUGUCAAUCGUAUAACAGGUAACGCCCUUGUUUGUUAGCAAAACGUUUCUCGAGAAAAAAAAAAGAUUGAGAUUGUUGUUUUAGUCGUAAUGUUACCUGCGCAACACAAGGACCAAAUUUGGACAAGAUUCGCGCUGAUGGAUCGCAGAUUACCGGUGGUGUACUUAUCUUUUGGCUAUCACCACCUCAUAAUGAACUAGUUCAUUUUUGCUGGCGAGCGUUUGCGAGACACCAUACUGUUCGUUAUAUGGAGGGAAAUCAAGUACAAGCGCAAAGCCAGUGAUCAAGAGUUUAGGACCCCGAAAAGGUAGAGAAACCUGAUUCUCUCUAUUUCGGAUUGUGCUUGGGACUAAUCCUUGUAUCACCUAAAAUCUCUAGACAUCGCGAUGCGUCGUUUGUUGUAACAGAAGGAUCUUCUGGGCUCUUUCUCUAUUUAUAAACGAAGCAGUUCUGUGCCACCUUGAUUAGAGAAAAUCCUUGUAAGGAGACGUUGCGUUGACAUGGUUCGUACAAUCUUGGAAAGGUCUUGAAUUUUAAUAGUCGUCUUGAAAAAUCCUUGAAUUCGGUUAAGGUCCUUGAAAAGUUCUUGAUUUCUUCAUAAAGUCCUUGAAAUUCACUAUGUGAAAUAAGAUUACUUUACAGAGGAAAAUUUAGCUUAUCCUCGGUAAAUAUUUUUAAACUUGAAUUGACUGCUUUCUUUUAAAAUGUUUUUGUCCCGUUAUAAAUAGGUCAGGUUGAACAAAGUCGAUACUUUGAUACCCACGGUUCCACCUACCACGCGCGACGUUUCUACAAUUUCAUCAGAAGAAUCAGACGCGGGUAGGUACUGUGCGAUGUCUUAAACAUUACAAGCUUUCAAAACUCUUUAAAUUGGCUACGUCACACUAUUUGCUCUCUUUUAACAAGCUAAAACGUUUUAUUCGCGCGUCAGUACGAUUCCAAAAAUAAUGGUCCAAUUUUGUUAUUUAAGACUAUAUUUUGGCAUUGAAACUGUUUCCUGUUGUCUGUUACAACGUAUGGCAGGAAUGAAAAUGGAUUGAAACUUGAAAACGUUGGGCCGACGUUUCAAGUUUUAGUGUUAUGCGUGCAAAAAUCGCGAAAAAACUUAUAAUGGCUAGUGCUCCCUGGUAAAAUUUGCCUGAUAUCUUCUUCAUAACUCCAGAGAAGCAUUCUGUGUAUGGGUGAAGGCACUAAAUACUGACUUCAGCACAGAAUUAACGUGAAAUAGCUAUAUUCUCGUGACAUUGCUCCUUCAAAUCGAGAGUGUGAUCAGCAUCAAACUUCUUCUUUUAACAUAAAUGCUUUGACAAUGAGAACUGUUAUGAGAGUUGCGGACACCAUCAACCAUGAUAAUUUAUUGUCAUAUUUAAACAGCUUUUCCUCUCUGAUUGUUUGAGAAUAAAGAAAAACCUGAAUUUUGAAGUAAGGGAUUUUCUUGCUUGGUGGUGACUCUGUGCAUGUGCCUUGACUUGUGAUUGGAUUCCUUCAUAGUCCUUGGUAGUCAUGGGAGUGUCAGAAAAGGAAAUGUUGUAGGACUUUUAAACUUAUUGAAUAUGUAAAACUACGAUGCGAUAGAAUCACAAUUAUAACUGAAAACAACGAAUAGAUUCACAUAGACAGUCUACCAAGCCUAUUAUCUUUCUGCAAAUAAGUGGACUUGUGUCCCUCCAGUUUAACUAGACUCGUGUGUCAGUGCGGAACACAAUGGAUGAUGGACGGGAAGAACACCUUCUUCCCUUGCCCCCCUCGUUUCGCUGGCUAUUGUUGCGUUUCCUCCUAAUUGCGUUUAGAAGAUAGAGAGGUAGAGACCAAGGAAGAUCAAAUCAGUUUUGCGAGAGUUGUAAGUUAAAAUCCUUCCCUUGCAACGCAUACGAAUCCUAGUAAAUACGUGACACUAUCAAGAUGGGUCAAUCAUUUAGAAAUCUACUAAUUGCUUUAUAAUGUUUGCUUCUUUGCACAACAGACGAAUCGUUCUGGUUGCUGUACAAGACGAGGCCGUUUACAGAGCUAGACGUUACCUCUCUGUUCUUCGACGAAUUGGGAUCAGUACUCGGUACUUAAGAUUUGGCUACAGGGGAAGUUUCGCUUGUGUAGGCUACGUUGGGCGCCGACCCUCUUGGUUCAGGCAGAUAAGCCAUAGACGUAGACGAGGUCCCAGUGUCAUCCGCAUCCGUAUCCCUCGAUAUGGAGGUAGGUAUACCUCUCUCUUCUACCGUCUCUCGAAUGGUCCUACUAUCAUUUUUUUUUUCUAACAAACUUCUUGUCAUUAUAAUUGUACAACUUUGUAGGUCGACGGGUACGCCGAAGAAGACGCAGAAGAAGUAAGUUUCUUGUUAUUACUAUUUAUUUGUCGCUCUUUAACCUAAGGUUCUAAUAAUUUUAAUAAAAAAAUCUUGCGCAAUCGCUCUAGAAAAUGUAUUUCGCGCGAACAGGGUAUCCACAAAAAACGCCAAGGAACAGAUGGUCGCAUUCUAGUUAGUUGAUUACAGCCUCCACCUGAGGUGAAUAUAUAGAAAGUUCUGCGAGAAUUGCUAUAUUAAAUGUCUUUGGUAAGCGAACACGCUGGCAAGGGACUGUGAUCAAUUUUCUUAUUCAUUUGCUAUUUUCAGGUGGUCGAGGAGGACGUGUUCGUCGACCGAAACGAGGUUAAUAUUUCUAUUUUUAACCCACGCAACGAGCUUUGAAAUCUUAUUUUCCAUUGAACAGUCCAGCCAAGGGCAGGUUCAAGAUUAAGGCUAUUUAAAACUCAAAACUAAUUAUGAACAAAAAUGAGCAGAGGAGAUCAAUACCACCUGGCAGCUUGAAUGUUAUCCACAGAAUCAAAUGAUGAAGCAAACGUACGAAUGGUUUACGUUAAUCGCAGUAAGAAUGACAGUAAAACCACGUUUUGAGAAAUAAUUUUAUACAGCGACACAAAAAGUACUUCUCCUGCCUCCUCCUCAGGCGCGAAACGAGGGUGAACUGGUGACGAAACGCAAUGGACCACGGGAAGGAGCAAGAAGCGAAGUGAAGCCCGUUUUCUCCUUCCCGCCUUCCUUUGCUCGAAAAUUUUCAUCGAGAGAGAGACGUCUGGGUACGAGGCAAGCACUCCUCCAUAUCUUUGAACACAAACAUUUGUCAGUAAACAGAUAAUAAACACUUGUUCCUAGACGAGGGUAGGAAAAAUAUCGUGAUUUGUGUGUUGCUAGUGCAGAUCUGGUUUUUUCGUUGUAAUACAAUAAAAUUCCAUAAAUGUUUCUAAUGUUCAUGGUUUUCUGAGUUUCACAGUAAGUGGACAAGGCCCUCAAGGGUUAUGUGUUUUACAUUCUGAGUUGAUUAGCGUGCCUCUGUUUCUAUGUUGUUAGAAAGGUCUAUAACGGAGAACGAGCCUCAUUUGGUAACUGUUUUGUUUUCUUUUCAGUUUGCCGAUCCAAAGUUGACUUGGCCUUCGUUAUCGAUGGCUCGGGAAGCAUUGAGUAUUACGGCAAAGGAAACUUCAGACGAUGUCUACGAUUUGUGGAAAUGGUUGUCAGGCAAUUCAACAGCGGCCAGACCAGAGUUGGACUUAUCGUGUACUCGUCAAGUCCUCGGCUUUACUCCGACUUCCGAUAUCGUUCAAAGAGGUCUAUUUUGUCCAUAAUUAGACGAAUAAGGUACCCCAGGGGAGGUACCAGGACCGGCUACGCCCUGAAUUAUUGCUACAGUCGGCUGUUUAGAAAAGCCCGAAGAGGAGUUCGUAAGGUAUAAUUUUGAUGUAUAUUGUAGUACUUCUUAAAUAAUUUUGUUGAAACUUUAGCGCCGCCUGGUUAGCGCAAUUGGUUAUGCGCAAGUCUGCCACGGAGAACCACCUCUCAAGGUCGUAAUAUAAUUGAUAAGAACGGGCUGCUUAUUCUUGUGGGACGUGAAAGAUCCCAUACUGUCGAAGGUUUUUUUUCAAGCUGCCACACACGUAAACUGUUUUAUCAAUAAAAUGAUGUUACUCUGGUUGUAGACAUCAAUGAAUUAGAUAGGUAAUCUAUGCCCAUUCCCGACAUGCACUAGAAAAUUGUACUAGGCGUGAUGCCCAUUUUUGGUCCCAAGACAAAAUAUUUUUUAAAAAUAAUAAUGCAGCUAUUUAAGUUAAAAAACCGUCGACGACAAUUGUGCUCACUCGAAUGCUUAUUCUCUAACUGGGAGGACGAUUAGGCUAAUAAAAAAAUUUUUUUCCCUCAUUUCCCCCCGGACACUUCUUCCUGCCCACCACUUCUUGUCCCAGGCCCUUGACAAAGGAAAGCUGAAAUUACCUCUUGUGGUAACUUUUGCUUAAAGUGCAUCUUUUCCUUUAAGCAUUCUCUAUGUUUGGAAAACGUUUUUGGAACAUGCCAGUUAUUUUGAAAGUCCGAUACACCCUUCUACUCUUAAAAAUCAAAACGGGACGAAAUUUCCAACUAAAAUAGAGGCAACGUGGUGAAAACAAAAGCAUCGUGUGAAAGUACCACUGAAGAAGUUUCACCUGAAUGGCAAUGGUCACCACAGGGUUUCGUCCACAGAUUCGAAAGUUAGAACAACAAGGUAGAUAAAUAGUACUUUGUGAAAGUACUGCUCAAGAGGUUUCAUUUGAAUGGUAACACCAUAGGAUUUCAUCCACAGACUCAAAAGUUAGAACAACAUACUAAAUAAAUAGUAUGUAAAACUACUGCUGAAGAUUUUUUUUUGAAUGGUUACAUCGCGCUUUGGUCAAUUAGUGGAGUUAGCGCUAUAUAAAUUAUGUUAUUAUUAUUAUUAUGUUACAUCGCGUGAUUUGGUCCACUGACACAACAGUUAGAACCACCCGACAAGAUUCCAUCAUUCACUCUAUGAGUGACAGGUUAACUAAGAAUCUGAUCAUCAUGUUUUAGGUUGUUAUAACGAUGACCGAUGGCAAGUCACAGGACAGUGUGAUUAGGCCCGCUCAAAGACUCCGUAGAGCGGGGGUCAGAUGUUACGCCGUGGGAAUCGGAAAGCACUUCAAUACCAAUCAGUUGCGACAAAUCGCUGGAAACAAUCGCCGUGUUGUGACCGCACCGUUUAAAAAUUUGGGAUCCAUCGUGAACACAAUUGGACGACGAGCUUGUAGAGGUGCAAAUGAAUUGUUUUAUUUAGUAACUCAUUGAUCCAGUUACUAGCUUUGUCUUUAAAUGACCCUAAGUUACGUAGAGGCUAAAUUUAAGCUGGCCAAGCCUAUCACAGGAUCUACACUCACACUUGCGGCGUAUUUGAUAGAUAUACUGUUAACGAAACUAGAGAACUGGAGAGAACUGUUAGAAUCCUGAAGAGAAGGACCGAGUGCGUAAUUGACAAGUAAUUAACAAUAUGCCCGGGAUGUCGAGGGGCUUCCACUUUUGGCACAGCCAGCCCCUAGUCAGAGCACAUGGAGGUGAUGCUAGCGAGGCUGACCACGCGUGAGUUAAACUACUGACCACGCCCGCUCUCCUCGUUGUUAACUAAAUAAAUUUAACUUUAUUAUGGCAGUAACUUAUGCAACCAGGAUAAGCGCCGACGCUGAUUAUUCUGAUUAGCUGUUCUAAUGUUUCGGUGCGUUAGAAUUCUUUAAUUGCGCAUGUUAAAGGUUCUGUUGCGUUUUGUCUUUAGGGAGACGACCUAAGCGAGGACGAAAACCAGGUAGAUAUUUAACUGUUUUUCAUUUGAUAAACAUUAAGAUCUAGUCCUUCGUCAAUGCUAAGACCGCUUUUUCUUCAACUGCGAUCACUGCUACUGCUGCCCCGACAAGUCAAUUCACCCUUCAUGCCUAUUCGCUUACUUGUUUGAUAAACUCGCCCACUUGUUUGGAACACGGUCGUGUUUAAAUAUACCUGACGUUCGGUUAGUAUGUUACUAACAGUUGUGGACGAGUUGAUGCAUAAAUGUGCUGAUUGGCUACCGGAGAAGCAGUCGGCUGUCCCGCCAGUUACGUACAUAUGCAACAUAAUAAAAAGGUGCUAACAAAGUGUUUAUCUUCGUCUUAGUAUGUCGUUCAAUGGUUGAUUUGGCUUUCGUUAUUGAUGGUUCUGGAAGCAUUGAGCACUAUGGCAGAGGAAACUUCAAGCGAUGUCUGCGGUUUGUCCAAAGGGUUGUAAAGCAAUUCAAAAUCAACAGUGGCCGGACUCGUGUCGGAAUCAUCUUGUAUUCUACAAGGCCUCGACUCAUGUUCAGAUUUAGCAAAUACUAUCGCCGUAAAAGGCAACUGCUGUCAGCGAUCAACCGCAUACCAUACCCCAGAGGAUUGACUAAGACAGGAUGGGCAAUGCGGUAUUCUUACAGCACGCUGUUCCGAUAUGCUAGAAGGGGGGCUCGUAAGGUAAAGGCACUAAAUAAAAAAGUGGACCUUGGCAAAAAGCUUUCUUAAUUUCAGAACGGAGGGGAGGGGAAGGAAGGGGAAAUGAAAGGGAGGGGAGGGAGAAGGGAGGCGAAUGGGGAGGCAGGGGCAAUAAACUAAGAUUUUGAAAUCAAUGAAUCGUCGAUGUAACGAAUACCUCGGUAAAGCAAAAUACAUUUCUUCGCCAUAGUCAGAUACAAUAAAGUUUUUUUGUAACAAAACCCAAACAUAACUUAUCCUUUUAAAAUAACCAUCGCAUUUUUCUAGUCCCUUGGCACUUAGUUAUAUUAGGGCUCUCUCGUAACUGUCUCAGUCUCAUUACAUCUUGGCUUAUGUUAUAGGUUGAGAUUGUGAUGACUGACGGCAAGUCACAGGAUAAUGUUGUUUCUCCUGGGCGAAUGCUGCGACGAAGAGGAAUUAGCUGUUACGCUGUGGGAAUAGGAAGGCAUUACAAUACACACCAGCUGAGACAGAUCGCCGGGGACCGUCGACGAGUGCUAACUGCGCCAUUCAGAAAUUUGAUCUCCAUCGUGAACACCAUUGGACGGCGAGCAUGCAGAGGUAAAGUGGGCAGUACAAAACGUCUGAUGUAGAUAAUGAUAUAUAAGUUCUUCAAAGUCAUGUUUUCGACUUGAGAAGCUGAAGAGAAGGCAAAAUAGCUUGAGGCUUGAUCUUAAACCUCAUCUUGACCUUAAGGUUGGAAACACAAGACGAUAUGUUGCAGGAGCUCGUCUCAGGGAUGUUAUGAUGCUGCAUUGUAGUCUCUUCCUGCGCUAUUUUGUUCUUUUGAAUUCGUGGAGCACAAAGUUUUGGACAAUUUCGUUCGUUUGACCGCACGGAGGGUUCAUCGCUCAUCUCGGGGACAAAGGGUUGCAAGCUGAAGGUUGCCAUAAAUCUGUUCUACCGUUUUGCAAUAUGUCCCGUCCCUUUAGCGAAUUGAAGUGAAUAGUUCCGCCUAUAUCUAGGGGACGAUCAGAAAAUUCGAGUGUUUCUGCUUUGUUUGUGUUGUGAUUUUUUGGGUUCUACACCUUUCUGCUAGGCCCGGGUCUGAAGCCGCACUUCACGUUUGCCGAAAUCAUUUUAAUUUGUCUUUCAAAGCUGCUGAGAAAAAAAAAACUGGCUGUGCAUUUUGCUCAACACUCAUGUGAAUUAAGUACCACAGUUUUACCUGAGAGGCGAAGGAAAUAAUUUAGGUUAACCAUAACUGUAAUUAGUUCGGCUGAUGUAAAAAGCGUUGUUUGACCCGGGCCUUACAUGUCCCUUGUGUUGGUUCAAAUCCUGAAAAAGAUUUAUGGAGAUAUAAAGUUGCUCAUGGAUAAAGAAAGAACGAAAAACUGAUGUUUAUUGUACAAGGCAAAAACUGGCUUGUAAGGUGUGGAUGCAUCCCUGGUGUCGAUGCAUUAAAGAGUAUACCUAAGUAAUCAAUUCCCCACUCCAGAAACGGUGAGGGGAAUGGGAACAAGCUUUUGGCCCAACGAUUUCUGGGAUCAUUUGGGUCAGGAGCCCAUAACCUGUUUUGGUGGACAAACAUUACUUAUGAUUGGUUAAUGGCUGCCAUGUAUACCAUCAACCAAUCAUACCUAACGCUUGUCCAUCCAAACGAUGCCAGAAAAUUCUACACCCAGAGCUUGUACCCAUCCUCUCUAGAGUUUCUGAAGUAGGGAAUAGUCUUUAAUGUGCAAUUAUCCUCAUUCUCUGAUGACUGACAUUUUCUUCCACCCGCAAUGUCCUGUAGGUGCGCGACCCAGGCCUCGACCGAGACCAAGACCAAGGCGACCAAGAAAGAAAGGUACGUAUUAAAAUAUUCUUUAAUUCCUUUCAAUCGUUAGCUCUGAAAUUAAACGGAGAAUGGGGCAUAUGGAAGCAAAAAACGAUCUAUUGAUCGUGACGACAUCUCUUCUUAUCGACUGAAGAAUACUGAAAAUAAAUUCUAUCUUCCGCCACUGCGUACCAAUUUUUGGAAGAAAUGUUUCUCUUAAAGUGAAGCCGAGUUUUGGAAAAUCCCAUCCAUUGAUCUACGAUCUGCAUAACGUAUCCAAAGACCUUCAAUUGUUCAGUUGCAACAGGUUGUUUCUUUUUAGUAUGCAUUUAUCUUUUUUACCUUGACUGUUUUGUUGACUACCAUCAUUUUAGAGUCAUCUACUUAAUCAUUUGCUUAUUUUUGAAACAGUAGAGAGUUUGCUAGUAAGAAGUUCUUUAACGAAGAACGAACUACAUUUGGUAACGGUUUUGUUUUCUAUUUAGUUUGCCGAUCAAAGGUUGACUUGGCCUUCGUUAUCGAUGGCUCUGGAAGCAUUGAGUAUUACGGCAAAGGAAACUUCAGACGAUGUCUACGAUUUGUGGAAAUGGUUGUCAGGCAAUUCAACAGCGGCCAGACCAGAGUUGGACUUAUCGUGUACUCGUCACGUCCCCGUGUUUACUCCGACUUCCGAUAUCGUUCAAAGAGUUCUAUUUUGUCCAUAAUUAGACGAAUAAGGUACCCCAGGGGAGGUACCAGGACCGGAUACGCUCUGAAUUAUUGCUACAGUCGGCUGUUUAGAAAAGCCCGAAGAGGAGUUCGUAAGGUAUAAAUUGGAUAUAUUUUAAAACUUGUUUGUAAACAUUUUUAGGAAUCGUUAACGCCACAAAAGUUCCCCACCUUCCUUUCUCUAGUUUUUGACGUCAACAUAUCGGAGUAAUUGAGGUCUCUGGGUAACUGACCACCUACCACUCCCCUAGGUCACAAUUUUGCCCUAAGAGAGAAGUACAAGUUAAUAUUGGCUUAGGGGAGGGGUAGGUGAGUAACUACACAUCGAGUCCACCGAUUAAAUACUGCAUUUCAGAUAUGUUGCGCUAGAAAAUUGUACAAAACAUGAUGGCGUUUUGGUCCUAAAACAUCAUCCUAACUGCAUCCUAACUGCCUCAUCAUCAUCUGAUCAUCAUGUUUUAGGUUGUCAUAACGAUGACUGAUGGCAAGUCACAGGACAGUGUGAGUGGGCCAGCUCAAAGACUCCGUAGAGCGGGGGUCAGAUGUUACGCCGUGGGAAUCGGAAAGCACUUCAACACCAAUCAGCUGCGACAAAUCGCUGGAAACAAUCGCCGUGUUGUGACCGCACCGUUUAAAAAUUUGGGUUCCAUCGUGAACACAAUUGGACGACGAGCUUGUAGAGGUGCAAAUAUAUUGUGUUAUUUAAUCCCUUUCACAUUGAUUCAGUAAUUCCUGGUGAAGCGCGAUUUAUAAAGUUCUUGGAAUUUGCGUCGAGCGUGGAUCGCUAAGCGCAGUUUAAUCUCCGCUGCCUUUAUAUAUUUGUAUCGUAUUGGUGUCCGUAUAUGCCAAGCAACAAAACUGCGCUGAAUAAUAACCCAUGGUUGUACUGUAAAAAACUGUAAUUUACCAACAGGAACAAUAGUGCCCGUCUUUUUAACACCGUUGUCAGUUUUUGCCGGCCUUUUUGGGCCAGAUAUUAGAAGGGAAACGUAUCGACUAGAGGCAAAAGGCAAAAACUUAGAAACUUAGAGAGUACCAUCAGACUCCUAAGAAAGGAUCCGGAUUCAUGAACGACAGUAAUCUUACAGUAACGUUUGCAACCACAAUAAGGGCCGACUCUGCUAGGUAAGAUCGACUGCCCUAAUGUCUUUUCGGUACAGGAGAGUUAUCUAAUUUCCUAUGUUAAAAGCUCUUUUUUUGUUUCAUCUUCAGGAGCACGACCUAGACGAGGAAAGAAGCCAGGUAUAUCUUUUUACUUUUUCAUAUGUUAUGCAUUAUUUAAGCUUUCUCGAUACUGAUGCUGCUAUUUCUGAUAUUACAAUCACUACUGACUACUGGCCGCACAAGCCAAUUUGUUUUUCAGGUCAAUUUGCUUGCCAAAUGCGUCUUUGGCUAAUUUUUCUACUUGUUGGGUUCUUUGGAGGGGUCGUGGUGGAAUAUUCCUGACUUUGAUCAAUACAACACUAGCUAAAGAAGUGAGAGAGUUAACCAAAGUGACAUUAGACAAAUUGACAUACACGGGAAGGUAUUGCUACCGAACAAGCGGUCGGUUGCUUUGCCAGUUACGUCGGUAAUCAAAGUGAAAAAAUGUCGCUAACAAAAGGUUUAUGUUGGUCCUAGUGUGCCGAUCAAUGGUUGAUUUGGCUUUUGUUAUUGAUGGCUCUGGAAGUAUUGAGCACUAUGGCAAAGGAAACUUCAAGCGAUGUCUGAGAUUCGUCCAAAGGGUUGUAAGGCAAUUCAAAAUCAACAGUGGCCGGACUCGUGUCGGAGUCGUCCUGUAUUCUACAAGGCCUCGACUCAUGUUCAGGUUUAGCAAAUAUAAUCGCCGUAAAAGGCAACUGCUAUCAGCGAUCAACCGCAUACCAUAUCCCAGAGGAUGGACUAAAACAGGAUGGGCAAUGCGGUAUUCUUACAGCACGCUGUUCCGAUAUGCUCGAAGGGGGGCUCGUAAGGUAAAUACCUUGUAUAAUCGAUAAAUAAGUGCCCUCAAGGCUUUUAGAUACUAUUUUGAAUAUGGCUGGUUUCGCGAUGGGUAAGAUAAAGCGAAUCCUGUGUUCUGUUUGGCUAUUCGAAAGGGCGAGAUUUUUCUAUCUUACGGUUACGUGCUCCGGAAUUACCGCUUUUGGUUUCGCAAGAAAAACAGCUUUAGCUUUGGCCAUACGAGAAAGUCUUUAUUGACGAAGCUUUUUGAAGCAAGAUGGAUGUUGGCCUCGCUCUUUUUGGCGUUUUUUAUUUGGACUCAAAUUCGUCUUUGUUCAUAGAAAUGUAGAAAACAAAGAAGGUAAAUAAAUAACUAGGUUAAUAUGUAGCCAUCUUGACCUUACGCUCGGUCUGAUAACGCAUGUAUAUGUAACCCCGAGCAGAAGCUUAAACAAGAUUACAAAUCAGCUCCGGUCGCGGGCAAAAUAGCCCAGUUUUUCAUUCAAUAGGACUGUUACAUAUACAGAUGUAAGACCAAAGAUAACAGCAUUGUUUAGGCUAGAAGUAAGAAACUGGUCUGGACAGUCUGAUUUCGCCAAAUAAACUCAAAUUGAUGUUCGGAUGGGUAAGGGACCAACAGUAGCAUUGUGUGGGUACCGCCCAUUUUGCUUUCGUCCAAUAUCCAGUUCUCCCAAGACACCUUUAGCCGUGCAGAUUGGUGUCGGAGUUUGACGGGUUUUUCAUCUAAUGGAAAUUAAAACGUUUCAGCUGAGGGAGACUGCUCUGUUCGAACGAGUCCAUUUUGCCGUUUUUAGAGGGGUAACCUCCAUAUGAAAAGACGUGAAGUGACGUUCGUAUACGGCUUCAUAUCUUCAAUCUUAAAUUUGCGACGAACCUGGUACACCUGGGUUGUUUGACUGUAUAUGAUGCCGUCUCAGAAAAUAUGAGAACGGGCUGUGGACUUCAGAAAGAAGUAGAACCACUUUGUUCCAGUGCUGUUUUUUCAACCAACUGGCAUGGUGUCUCAGAAAUCCCAGAAAAAAAUCGCCAGUUUAGCUGAGUUAGGAGGAUGAAAGUGAGAUUAAAUUUUUUUGUGUCUGCUAACUGGAAAUCCCGCGUCAUGUUUAGGUUGAGAUUGUGAUGACUGACGGCAAGUCACAGGAUAAUGUUGUUUCUCCUGGGCGAAUGCUGCGACGAAGAGGAAUUAGUUGUUACGCUGUGGGAAUAGGCAAGCAUUACAAUACACACCAGCUGAGACAGAUCGCCGGGAACAGUCGACGCGUGCUAACUGCGCCAUUCAGAAAUUUGAUCUCUAUCGUGAACACCAUUGGACGCCGAGCAUGUAGAGGUAAAGUGGGCAAUACAAGACAACUAGAAUAACAAAAUAACUAAGUAACUAACGAAAUAAUUAACUAACCGACUAACUAACUGAAAGAAAAGCCAGUAAAUUAAUAACUGUGAUACUAGCGUUAAUUGGCAAGGCGCAUUGUAACUUUCUCCAUCCCUGAAGGAGGUGGGAAAGUAACAGGCCAUAUAGCUCGUUACAGCAUAAUAUCUAGUAACGAAAUUGAAGAAAGUAUUAAAAUUAAAAGGGAAAUGAAAAAGAAAAAAUUGACCAAAAAUUUCGGAUGAAUUGUACAUGGAGUACUUCUUGUGUCUUUAUAAUUCUGGUUAUCCAUUUCUCGUGAUUAAUAUCAUAUUAUACGGCAUUAUUCUGUAGGCGUGAGACCCGGUUAUAGGCCAAGACCACGACGAAGGCGAGGUAUGUUUUAG